GUGAAGUGAUAUCCAUGCACGGAGAUUAAAUAAGGUGCCAGAUCGGUGAUAAUGAAGCCGCGCGCCGAGAUUACUGCUCGAUUAUCGCCGAGUUUAAAGCCUCAUUAUCGCCGGCCUGACACCUUACAAACGUAAAUACUCAUUAGCCGAGGUCGUUUUCAUCACAGUUUUAUACUGAAACGAGGACGACUAACGGUAUAUUAACUCCACAAAAACUACGCAAGAAUUCAAGAUGACUACUCCAAAUAUGUGACGACAACGUUACCAUGAUGCAGGAGGGACUCAUCUGUGACGUCUGUCGAAAUUGGUUUCAUCGCAAGUGUUUUAAUAAUUCAGAUGUGGCAAUGACAAGGGAACAGUACAGCCUAUUAAAAAAACAGGACGUAACGUUUGAGUGGAAGUACCCGGACUGCUACCAGGCCCAUGACACCCAUCAUAACUCCAACCCGAUUGUUGUAUCCCAGCAGAUGGAACCUAGCCGUCGGCUGGUAGACUACUCAAGUGUUUUGAUGACGUUACAAAAUAUGCUGAAAAGCAUGCUGGGAAUGGAAAUAGCGCCAAGUGAGGAUACAAAUACUGCUGGGAGUCUUUCAUCCACGAUUACAAAGGUAUGUUUUCCAAGAUGGUCAGAAUUUUUAAUAAAGGCAAGAUGUUAUCGAUCACAAAGAAAAAACGAGCCACCUCAUUCAUUAUUUGUAACUUUGCGACAGAACAAUGUUGUACAGUGGGAGAAGCAAUUUGCUGUCAUUCUUUAGCAUUGUUGUACUGCACUGCGCAUUUCAGCAAUCUCCAACUAAAGAAAGUCCCCCCAGCUAUCACUGGCACUAUGCAAUUACAAUCAUGGCAUCAUCCAAGAAGCGAAGGAUUCAAGCAGCUGCUUAUUCAAAAAAUUAUUAUUCGAAAUCCAUCAGAACAAUUCCAACUACCAACAACUGCCAACUAUCAAUAAAUUGGAGUCGUAUUUUUGCGAUAUUGGGAUUUGUCAAACUUGAUUUGUUCUUUCGCACUUGAGAUUAUUUUUAAGCAAGAUAUCGCCCUUUAAAAAAACACAAUGUCUGGGCAAAAUACG